AGGAAACUACAAUUCCCAGGAUGCACUUGAAAUUGCUGUGGCUACUGAACGGGGGAAGGGAAGCUGAGAUUGGAGGGAGAAACAAUCAGAAACUCAGAUACUGCGUGCUUCCUCCUUCAGAGUUGGACCGUACAAGAACUUUUUCUACAUGACCCACACCGCAAUAUCUUCUUGGCUUCUCCGCUGCAGCUGAGCUCACACAACAUCCCGGCUUUUGACAAACUGCAUUUGUUCUGGGUGCCAGAAUCAUGACGGUUCUUGGACGGGGAGAGCCCAGCCCCGAGAAGCAGCAGCAUCAUGCAGCUUCUGUUUGCCUGUGGUGGGGCUGAGCCGCCGAGGAGAGGAAGGAGGCAGGGUUUCAUGACACUACGCGCCAAUUCUGAGAAGAUCUCGUCGACUUGCAUACGCACGUUCCCCCACAAUCGAGGCUUGUGAAACCACCCGAACUCGGCUGCAGACAAGAAAAGAACAGGAAAAAAACCCCCGAAAUGAUCCAGACAAUAUGGAUCGCAGUGACGUUUCUGUAAAGUCCGGCUGUUGACAUGAAGAUCUCUGCGCAUGCGAGGAGAAAAUGAGAAAAGUGUAGAUAGAGACUUUGAGUCCCUCCAGGUGUGCACUACAGAAACCAUGCUGGCGUUUGCCCCGACUCCCCAGCCCAUCUCCGUUCAUGACUGCGGGAGCCUUUAGAGGCCACGAUCGGGAGCAACAUCAACAGUCAACACGAUUACGUGCAAUGGAAGAAAACAUUGACGUCACAUCACACACAGAGGGUCUGAAUGGUUUGUCACAUGAACUGAAGCCUGUAGAGGACAUCACCAAUGGACAUUCCACCUACAAGCCUGUCAUUAAUGGAGUGGCCAUAGGUCACAAUGGGAAAGACCACACCAACGGCAGCGCACCUUUCAGAUCUCUGCCGAUUUCAGCACUGAAGCAAAAUGGCAUCCUGCAGAACCUGACGGCAGGUGGAGACAAGCCCAGUCCCACAGAAGAACAAGAAGAUGCUGAGCUGGAAAAGGCCAGGCAGGAGUGGGAGGCUGUAGAUAACAUCCAACCAGCUCUAACUGAGGACUCAAACCCAACGCCUCUCAUCUCCUUCAAUGAAGCUCUGCAGUACUUCCAGACCACAGACCUUGGGGACUUGCUGAAAAACAUCCAGCCAACUAUUCGCAGGACCGGUCUGGCUGCGAUCGCACACUUCCUGUUCGGACCGCCGCGAUUGCACAGGGAGCUCCUGGAGGAGAGGGAUCUUGUCUUUGCCAUUGCACAGUGUCCUGUGGAUAACAGCCAAACAGUCCAUAUGCGUGUCCUGCAGACCAUACAUAAAAGGCUGAUUGGAACCAGGCUGGACUGUCCUCGCUACGGUCCGCACUGGGAAAACAUUGGCUUUCAGGGUUCUGACCCGGCCACUGACCUGCGUGGCACUGGCUUUCUUGGACUGAUGCACACUCUGUACUUCGUGAUGGACCCAGAAACUCUGCCGUUGGCAAGAGAUAUCUACAAGCUGUCGCAGCAUCCUACACAGAACUUCCCAUUCUGUGUGAUGUCAAUCAACAUGACCCGCAUUGCUUUGCAAGUCCUGAGAGAGGAGGCCCUGUCCAAGGAGUGCAAUCGUCGUCAGCAAGUGGUCGGUGUGCUCAAUGAGUUUUACGUUGCCACAUUUCUCCACGUCUACCAGCUGUGGAAGACCCAACAGAAGACGAUUGCUGACUCUGGCUUUGUGCUAAAAGAAGUGGAGCUGUUUGCCAAAAAGAACCCCAAGCAGAUGCUGCGCCGACUAGAGGUCUUCCUGAAGGAGAGGCAGGCGGGUGGGAUCCCCCGUGGGACGUCGCCGGACCCUCAGGCCCAACAGCCCUCUCCCAGCUUGGGGGGCUCCAGAGCUGGGAUAGGGCAGGGAAGCAGGGGAAAGGAGAUGCACUUCACCGGAGUGUGUGACCUCCCACCGGACAUGGAGGGAGAGGCCAGACUUAUCUAAACUAGAGUCAGUGUGUGCGUGCAUGCGUGUGUGUGUGUGUGUGUGUGUGCGUGUGCGUGCGUGCGCAUGUGAGCUAUCCUGUCCAUGAGUAAGUCCGACACUCGUAAGUGUGAAUGGCUCAGUCAAAGCAAGAACAGCUCGGCAGUCGCUGAUCCGAGGUCUGCUACCCGGAUCGACUCACACACUAUUCUUCCUACAAUGCUGGGGUGCUGCACUUUGAUCAGAUUAAGAUUGGUGAUCCUUCAGAGUUAUAUAUAAUUAUUGUUUUUAAUUUAUUCUUGAACCUCGGGACGUAGGUCUGUCAUAUGUAUAAAAAAAAGAUUUUUAAUGUAAGAUGUCAUUUAAAGAAAAAAAAAAAGAGCAAAAGGAAGUGAAUAUUUGCACUUUUCCGUAGUUGUCGUAGCCAAAUUAACAGCUGCCAAAUUCCUUUUGUUAAACUUGUCUAGAAGUCCAAAAUGAACAUGUUCAUGUCUGAAGGGUUUCUAAGCAAGGAACCAUGCAGCAGGAGAGCAGCGCCGUUUAAACCCAAACCGGGUCGAAGACGGUGUGCUGCUGUGCUGAGUGGAAGGAAUAAGACGAGAAACCCAGAGAGGUUUUUGAGUUCUUUCGGCAGGGAUCAGAAAUCAUUUGUAGUCCGUGUUUAUAGAAACCUUAGGCUCGAUCUGAAGGUGGGAUCAUUUUGCGCUAGGUGACUGAAACACAAGUCGCCUAGCGUAUGCGUGGAGAUAAAACCAGUCGAAACAGAUCAACUGGAUUCAGGUUUAGCGAACUACCCAUAAAUGGACUUUUAAAUAUCACUUUUGAAGACUACCAUCUUAAGAACAUUUGUCUGUUUGAUUCCGACUUCCCAGUUGUGCAUAAAAGCGCGUCAGACAGACGUCUUGGUGAAAAGCAGAAAUCUUCUAUCAGAACAUUUGUGAGUCGUCUCACUUCUUAACUUCUUCUUGCAAGUAGAGGAAAGAAGACUUUUCAUUGGUGUGGGUGUGUGAGUGUUAGGCAUGGGCCGGAAUGAGAUUGUCCUGGUAUGAUGAGCUUAAGUAAAAAAAGAAAUAUACCAUGGAAAUAUAUCAUGGUGUUGACCCCAAAAACUCAAAAUGAAAAAACUCUAAAACAUGACAUAAUUUCAUUACAGUCUAAUGUCAGAACAGAAAAGUCAGUUAAUCUUACUUAAUACAGCACUACCUACUUUCCACGCCAUAGUGUUUCUCGUUUUUUUAAAGAAACUACAUCCACUCAAAAUUGUCUGUCUUGUAAAAAAAAAAAAA